AUGAUCAAGGGCGCCUGGAUGUGUCGGCAGCAAGAUAACGGAUUAAAAAUUUGGUAUGUCCCCCGACAGAACGACAAACCAUGCACGGAUUCAGAACGGGCCCAGAAAUGGCGACUGUCCUUAGCAUCUCUGUUGUUUUUUACGGUCCUUCUGUCUGAUCACUUGUGGCUGUGCGCGGAGGCGAAUCGGACCAGAAGCAGGGAACAGCAGCAGAUCACUUCAGCAGUGACGACGGGAGGGAAUCGUUUCCUUUCCCCUAUAUUCUUCAGAGCUGAUCGGGCAAGGGGCACCAUCAGCAGUGACAAACGUGCUUUUUUUCUAGGUAAUGCCACUACCAGACCUAUCUGCCAACGGGGGUCGUGCUACCCACAUGAUGUCUCUGAGCAGUGUGUAAGUAUUGAAGAUGCUGAGUCGGUCUGUGGCAGUGUGAGUGUGGAAGCCAGCGAUGGGUCGCCACCGCCGUCUUUCAACAAUUUCCACCUUUCCUUUUGUGAAUCGUAUACCCUUUCGGAACUGUUCGCCGGGAUGUCGAGACCUGAGGGCUCGAAUUGCGAUCUGAGCCUUGCGCUGGACGGAGAUGCCACAGUUUGCGUUCAGUGCGUUGAGAUUUAUCAGCGGCUAGACCAACAUGCCCAGGAAAAAUAUGAAGAGUUCCAAACCCUGUUUCAGAAGUAUAUGCAGUCGGGAGAAUACUCUGUCAAAAGUUGCAUCGAUGACUGUAAGACUGUCUACAAAGCCUGGUUAUGUUCCCAGUACUUUGAAGUCACACAGUUUCACUGUAGUUCCAGAAUUCCAUGCAAGCAGUAUUGUUCAGAGGUGCAGACCAGGUGUCCAUUCAUAUUACCAGACAAUAAAGACCUCGUCUAUGGUGGAUCACCAAGUUUCCUCUGUGCAGGGCUGUCCAACAAUCAUCCAACUAACGCUGAGCCAGAAUGCUGUGAUGUCAGAUGGAAGACCCAUAAUGCAGCUUCAAAUGAAAGAUCUAAAGGGACAAGAGGAACAAGCAAGCCAGUGCCAUGUCACAGGUCAUCACUGACUUCAUCAACAGCAUCAAGACUGUGUAACACUAGACUCAAGUUGUAUGUUCUGGUACUCAUUCUAUUGCAUACCGUAGUGACGGCAUCUACGACGCAGACUAGUACUGGACUGGGCUCUGAAGGGCUGGCUGCUUGGGAAGAUAACUCAACCAGUGAUGAGUAGGAAAUUGCUCUGGUUUUUGAUUUUCACACUACGGACCCUAUGUUCAAAGGACCACAAUCAAAGCUGAUAGAAAUUGGAUACGUUAUCCUCAAAAUCACACCUUGCCAGAUCAUCUGGGUGACUGAAAUAUACACGUGAGACAAACUCAUAUGAAGGAUAUUACAAACAGGCUUUCACAGACUGAAAGACUGCAACAAAAGACUAAAGAUUAUACCAUUUUAUACAAGUGUUUUAAUGUUUAGACUUUUCCUUUGUUGAACUAGUUACUACAGACCUUUGGGUUCCUGGAACAAAUUCUCUAUACUAAAUUCUACGUGUAUUUCUACUCAUAGCGUGCCUCCACCAGUAGGUUUUCUCAUGUUACAUUCUAUAGGUUUACAGUAAGGCAAAAAAUUGAAAAAUCAACAUAAGACAACAGAUAUUAACUUCCUUUCUCCCAUGCUAAAGCUCCUUGUUGCUUUUUCAGGUCAAGCAUUCACAAAUUGGUCUGGUCUACUCAAUAUUAAGUGAAAAGAUCAAACCAACCCAUAUUCCAUGUGAUAUACACCUGCCUCCGCCAGUGCUCACUACCCUGCUGAAUGGAACAAAGUAAGCCAGGGGAUGUGAAGCUUCCCACUAAUUCAGUGCUUUUUACAGCUAUGACGAUGUCACUGAAUCGUUAACAGCUUUCCCAGGUUUACUCUUUCCUUUUAGCAAGAUGAGCAGCCAUACAGUACAAAACUAAUUACAUAAAACAUUUAAAUGCAUAAUCUUAGAUAAUGUAGAGUUGCAUGCUUUUUGCUGUUAUUGGAUAAACAAUUCUCUUCCUAGACAUUAAUGAAAAUUGGAGUUCUACAGAUCAUUUCAAUGCAACGGAAGAUAAAAUGGUGAAGACUUCACUAGAUAGCUGAUGAAAAUACCUGAAGGCCAACUGAUGCUGCAAUCACCAAAAUUAAAGUAACAAUCAACUUUUCAGUGCAUAUGGUGUUCACAGAUUUAGUUGCUACGAAUAAUAAUCUUUUGAAACCAAACCGGUAAUUCCAUAUAAUAGUGGUACAAACUGCAUAUUUUAGGAAGUUUUGUUAUAAAGAGAAUCAAAAUGUAGGUUAACAGUUAUUUUUAAUGUCAUGAUCCAUAAGCAAGUAUUUAUGUUUAAAGGAUGAUCCUUUUCCACGGAGUGACACCUUUUAAAAAUUACUAUUGCUACAGUUCAAUAGUAUCUUCUGAUUCACCAAGUAUCUGUUGAAAAAGUGUGCAAGUAAUUCAGUACAGGCCACAUAUGAGGGAAGCUUUGAGCAUCUUGGCUUGUGAGUAUAGAUAAUUAUCAUGACUAUCACCCCUUUUUAAAAUGUGACCUAUGUUGUUUCAUUUUCACAGUUAGAUUUGGUGCAUUUACCAAUGUAACUCCAUAUUACUACGAUGAGAAAAUUGCCUUUUCUGUUGGUUUCAACCCAGUUCACUUCUCUUCCUAGAAAUUAAUGAAAAUUGAAUCUAUUUAGUUUUGAUCUUUCAACUUAAGCUACUUUGUUUAGAGUCCUCAUCCUCUCUUUGCCUUAGCCAGUGCCUAAAGUGGGUGAAUGGUACUUCACUGUGAACUCUAAAGCACUAGGAAGAGUGAAUUCUAUAUUUUCAGAGAAGAAUGCAAAAUCAUUAACUGGUUAUGUUUCCUAAUUAAUGUCUGACCACAAUAGAAAUAUUUCUCCUAUAUUUAUUGAAGGUUCUCGAAAAAAGGUUUCUUUUCUCAAGUAUCUAUCCUUUCUGACCUCAGAGCUCAAUAGAUUGGAAGUCAAUCUGCCUUUACAUUUUAAACCAUUUGUACAAUAUUCGCCCGUAAUUUACAUAAUGAACAUAUCAACAAUUGACCGCAGCAAACUGCAUUUUUAAAAGCUUGCCUCUGUUUGUAUUGAAGUUUAUAUUCUAGGAUUCUUAGUGUUAGACCCAGCUAUGAAUCCUAUCAAAAUUUCCUGGUGUGUUUUUUUUUUGCUUGUGUUGUCCAUGAAACACAGUCAGUGAGGAAAAUAUACUUAUUUUUAAUUAUCAUAUAAUGACUGAAUUAUUGCCACGAAGCUUACACACACUAAGGUGGAUGUGUGAGAUAGAUGCAUUGGUAACACGCCGGUCACAAUCAACUGUAUGGCCUGUUCGGACAGCUCCAGCUACAUCUAUGCCCAGUGCUAUUACAGAGGCUGAUUCGGGUAAUCAUAGACCCGUCACUUAUUUUAACUUUUCUUGCCUGCAUAGUGGUGGUGAGAGCCAUCAGAACCUUGUAGUUUGAAUGCUGAGGGGUGGGAGGAUUACUUAGGGGAUCCUCAGAGGAGGUUGGGGAAGAGUAAUGAGGGGGUUAAAGAACAGGCAGUAGUGGAUUUAAAGGGCAAGGGGCUGCAUGCCAUUGGAUUCAAUAAGAGGGGAAAAGGGUUGGGAUAGGUCAAUGGAUUCAAUAGAAUGGACAGCUAGCCCUGGCAAAUUUACUGAGAAGCUGGUAGAAUGGAGGAAUAGUGGGGGGGGGGGGGUGAGAUUGGCAAAUAGAUUUGUAGGAUAGGGGUAGAGGGCAAGGCAGGUGAAAUUGAUUACCAGCAAAUUCAUGUGGGGGACUGGGACAAGAUACAACGGGCAGGGAAUUCAGGAACUAAAAGUUUCAAUGGGAGGAUGCAACCCUGGCCUCAGGCAAUGGCUGUGUCAUAGAGUUGGUAACAAGUUGGGGUCUGAGACGGGGAGUGUCAGGGAAAAGGUGAUGAGAAAUAAACCACUUACCUGCAGGCCUCCCAAUACAUUGCUAUGAAAGGAAGGUCGUUUUGGCUCAGAGGUAAAAUAUCAGUGUGAAUGAGUUUAGCCACUGAAUUCCCAUGAAGCUGUGUUACAGAGCAAAGUUUGCAAUGGGUUGAUGGCCCUGAAUUACAUGGCGCCAACUGACUGCUAGCAUUUCCAGGUCAAUCCAGUGAAGACCAGAACGUUGGGAAUCCAACCCUCAAAGAUUAUGGUCUUCGUCAUCUGUUCACCCACCCAAAAAUAAUGGUCUGACAUAACAUGCGGCAGGAUUCUGCCUGGCUUUUAUAAUGCAAGUGUAUCAGAAACCAGACACAUUAACUUCCAGUGACGGCAGUCCCCACUCAUUUUGCUCCAGUUUGUGCCUGAUACAUUAACGAAUGAUUGUGUCUUGUGAGGUGAACCGAGGUGGUGGAGAUGGGAAGGUUAUAUUUUCAGCAUGCAAUAAUUGUUAUAAGAUUUUUGUAUAAGCAUGGUCAGGAUGGUGUUUAACACCCUAUUGUUAAAUACACAAACCAACCCCCAAUACAUUCUGAGAUUGAGGUGAGACUGAUAAAUCAAACUUUAUACUUUACAGUGUUGUAUGUUUGUAAAAAAAUCACUCCUUGUAGUUUUCCAUACAAGACAUUGACUCAAUGUCUUCUAAACAAGGUUAUUGUUACUGCUACAAUACAAAGAUUCAUUGUUAUUUUUCAAAUAAAUUCCUGCAAUUAAAAAGAAUAAUGAUGGCAUUUUAAAGUGGAACAGAAUAAAAUAAUGGUUCUGAAAAGUGUGGUUCAGUGUAGAAAGAUGAUGGUUAAAUUUAAAGUCGUUUUUUUUAGUAAGUAGAUUAUUGUUAAUGUUCAUCAAGAAGAUUAUUAGUAAGCACUCAUCCAUAAUGGGAGCUGAGUAAAAAUAAAAGCUAUCAACAAUGCUUCUUCCAGUGUUUCAUAACUAAAGACUCACAUUUGAAGAUUUCCUUGAUACUUAAAGUAAAUAAGUUAUUUGGGAACAUACAAAAUGUACCCACUUCUCAGAAAGUAUGAUACUUUUGAAAGAAAGUCGCUGACUGUUUAGUCAAUGGAAGUAUAUUUUUGGACGGAUUAUGAUAUUUACAGCCUGAAUAUCAUUUUGGUUUAUUUGCCAUUUCCUCAGAGAUUGCUCCAUGUGUACUAAGCAAAGUUUUAUUCCAUUGUAUUUGCAAAUAUUGUUCUAAAAAAAAUGUUUAAUCAGUUGGUUACCAUUUUUAUCCAGCUACUGAAUUGUAAUGUUCCUCCUUUUGUCAAAUCCUGUUCCUUGAACAACUUGUUACAUUGUUGUACUUUGAAAAGGAACACAUCUAAGGGCUAUUUUUCAAAUUGUACACAACUACAUUUCAUGUACUUGAAUAAUCUGGCUCUUUUGCCAUAUUUAAUGAAGGACAAAGAGGUCAUGUUUUCACUUGAUUUAUUAAGAAUUAGUAAAUUCCAUCAGAAACUAUUUCCACUGUUGUGUGGGCUGGUAAACAGAUAUUGUAAACUUGAAAAUAAUUAGAAAAAAGACCAGAAGGAAAGUGCAUUUUUUUUAAAUUACUUAGUUGUUUGCUCUUGGAUGCACCACUCAUCACAGUGGCAAAUGCAAAUUUGAUAGUAACUUUAAAAUAGGUUUUGGAGAUUUACUUUUGAUGAUAUUACAUUGAUGGGGAAAUACUAAACGAGUAGAACAAAUGGAUCUCUCUUUCAAAGAUCUAGAACAGCACGAUAGGCCAAAUGGCCUUUUUCAGUGCUCUUUGACUUGUUCUGAGAAACUAUCCAUCACUUAAUUGGACCAGAGCAAUACUAACUUUCACUAUCAUGGUUCAGUUCAUUUUCACUGGGUUUUAGUUUCCCUUGAAUGAGAUUAAGUUAUCUAUAUGUGAAAAUGUUAGAUUCAUUGGAAAUAUCACAGGUUAAUAAGAUGUUUGCAAAAAAUGUAGAUAUAAAUUUAUUAUUUCAAGUUACAACAAAUGUUGCAUAAAAAUUUGUACCUUAAAUAUGCAAAGAGGUCACUCGUCCUUAGAAACAAAUAGAAUAGUGUUCUGUUCACUUUCAAAAUGAUGUAAUUUAGAGCUACUUCUUUGACACAGUCUGUGGCAACUAUUAAUAAAAAUAUUCAAGUUUAUUCUGUAUGGUGUAAUGAAAAUGGUGACCUUCAGAAUGCAAAGAAUAUAUUGUUUAGCUAGCACUGAAUAAAAACAAUGAAACUUCAUUAAAACAUAUUGUAGCAGUAGCUCAGAGGUUGAGAGUCCUUUUUCACAGUUUUUUAAUCAAAUGAGUGUUCAGUCAGACAAGAUCAAAAUAUAUUAAAACACAAAAUCUCUUGGUAUUUUUGUAAAUGUCAUUACAAGCUCCCUUUGAAUGAAAUUAGAAGUAUUUCUGUCGUGGUAGUAUACUUUGUUAGAUUUGGGUACAUUUCAUAAAUACACACAGAGCUGGUGAUUUCUGUAUACAGAAAUAAAUUUAAAAUGACAAACAAUUAUAAAUUAUUGGAUAAGAAAAUUUACACAAAGAAGAACAAAGAACAUGAUGCUGUUAAUUUUUAAGUUAAUUCGGAACAAUGAAACUAGAUUUUGUAUAUUUAAACCUAAGCAAUUGCUUCCAACCCAAAUGAUUAUGAAGCAACAGUUUUGCAUUUUGU